GCCGCUCUUAUGCAAACCUCGACAGAUUUUAUAUCUAAAUCUAAAAGAGAAAAAUGCUGGAAAUCACGUGAUGCCUUUUGGGAAUGUGUUACUGGUGUAAUCGCAAAAAAUUCAGAACCUGAUGACAAGUUGGUAAGAAAACAAUGUACCAAACAAAGAAAACUUUACGAAGAAAUGUGUCCACGAAUAUGGGUUAGUUCACUGUAUGGUAUUUGAUUUUUCGAAUUCCAGAAGUAGUUAGAUUACAUACAUUCAGCUGAUCUUACGAGUCUAAGCACAGUACGUAGCUAAUUAAUUAUAAUUCAUUGUUUCCUUUUUAGAUACUUACAAGCUCACAUAGAUGAAUUAUAAUUCAAACAGACACACCACGGGAAUCGACGUAAAUAUAUGUUUUUUAGUCUGCCACAUUUUAUAUCAUAUGGACAAAAAAACCAGUAAAAGAUAUGGCAAAGUGCUUCAUUAAUAUUGAUAACAAUAUUGGUUAGCUAAAAUGAAUGUGGGAAAACUUAUUGUUAUCUUGUGGACUGCAUCUAGGAAGUGUACACCUUCCUAUACGGCUCAUUCAAAUGUCUGAUAUCAUAUUUUGGUCUAGCCAUCUUCACAUUUUUCCAAUCUACUUUUAUACCGUUACGCAGGUUAUCCGUCCUGUAAGCUGUCGAGUUUUCUGAUUCCUGCGAAGGAUCAAUUCAAAAAAUGACUCGGGUUCAAUGAAUUUUACCAAUACAUUAAUUUACAGCCAUUAGGUAGUCUUAAUAUUUACCAACCUUCAUGUUUUUGUUUCUGUGUUUUGUACCAAUGUGUGACUAGGAUGUAAUCGUGAUGUUCUCAAUGUUCUCUGUUACUGACUUAUCACAGUGGUGUGAUGGAAACACCGACGUGUUUCUCUGUAGUUUGGAGACUUAAAUUUCAGCCAUUAGGUUAUAGUUUUUUCACUUGCGUUUUUUUGAGUGUAUUGGUCCGAUUGUAAUGUUUCAUCUGCGCUACAGUCUGCUUGCCGAUUCGGUUACAAAAUACUCUCUCUUGAUAGGCACAUAGCCCAACUGCUAUGCAUUUGAAAGGACUGAAAACAAUAGAGAAGCUUUAAUUGUCAGGUCCGAAUAAACUGUAUACAACUCGGAUAAUAAUUUGAAAGCAAUAACCUUGGAUAGGUGAGUAAUUCACAAUGUUAUGCCACGUUUGUACUUUUCACCCACUGGUGGUAUCCAGACAUGUUAUGUCUGACUUUCGGAACACAUAACAUGUUCAUGCUCAUUUAGCAUUCCCUUACUGAGAGGGUUUUCUUCUGGCAUUCAAUCAAGGCGAGGUCAUGUAAAAUUGUCAUUCUUAACAUGAUCAGCAGCAUUAGUGAUCUUUAAUGAACUCAAUAAGGCAUUCUACAGUAUUAUCAAUCUCCACUGAUGGAGCUACUUGAUGUGUGCGAAAUUCCCAUUUACUGGCUGUAUACUUCAGUCAUAUGUGCUAGAUAAAUUUGAAAUACGAAAGUAGGUUUCAAGGUACAUGAAUUUUAAGUCGUUAAUUGUUCAUUUUAAUCUUCCAGAAGAUGUUGAUCUCCAGCAUAGGGUUAUUAAGAAACCAGAAGUUUGCAGUUAAAAUAAUCUACUACUAUAAAAUGAUCAGUUUAUCACAGGUUUAUUAGUUUAUUCUUUUAUGUAGGCUUACAACUAAAUAAGUGCUCAUUGAUGUUUAUUAUUCUAACUGAUAUUUACUUAUGAUGGGAAACCUCUUUCUAACUAAACUUCCUACAAGCAAUUGUACUGUUCUGUUCUAUGUUUUAAAUAUCAAUAUUGUAAUGACAUCAGCGUUUCUAAAAUUUUGAUCAUUAAAUUUUGUAACUUAAUCUUUCGAUGCUGAAGUGGUGGUUUCCUCAGUCUUAGUCUAUUUUAAAUAUUAUAGCAUGAAACAGUGUAUAUUGCACUUCUACAUUAAUUUGGAUGAAAAUACUUUUUAACUUAUAAAUCAUCAGCAACAUUUUAAUCUUUUUUCUUUAUUCAAUUAAGACCGUAACGGAAGUUAGUAUGAUUGAGUUUCGAGAUCUCUUAAUUAUUUAACUUCACUUAGCAACCAUAUACACAGGUUCAUAUAAAUAGACUAAUAAUCACUACAUGGUUACUUGUAUCUUAGUAAAUAGAGUGAGAAUUGUACCAAUUACCCAGUAAUUGAAAUGAAGCUAAACUAUGGAGGUUUCAAGAGCGUUUUUCUUAAAGAUUAUAUCAUUUGAAUUCACUUGGUAUUGUUUGCUUCCAUCUUCCAAUUGUUGUUCAGGAAUGCAAUUGAUCAGUCUCUUGUUGGCAUAUGUACAUCUUGAGCGGAUUACUUCGAUAUUACCUUAAGUCACAAGCUUUGUAAUCAAAGAUGGAUAGUGGCUAGUGGUGGAAUCUAGGACGCCCGUUUCGUCCUAUUUGGGACUCGUCAGCUGUAUCUACCUUCACCCGUGUUGAUAUCCACUCUGGGAUUCGAACCCAGUACCGUUCGCUUUAAAUGCCAUCGCGUUAUCAAUUUAGCUACUGAGUCAUCAUUUGGUAUAUUCACUUGUUCAGUUGAUGCAUUCAUGUAUAUCUAACUUAGAUGCUAUCAGCUAUCUCGAUUUAACUUUGAAAUUGAUAUGAAAACUUUAAUGGCCAAUACUUUCAUGUUUCAGUAAAUAGGUCAUUAGAGUUGGUUUUUGUAUAUCGUAUUCCUCAAUUGAUUUAGGUUUUACUUCUUAAGUGAUUAAUCAUCAAAAUAAAUUUGGGUUAUUUAUUUUUUUGAUAAGUUCAACUGACUUAUCACUAAAAUGAUAUUUCCUGAGAGGUUUCUUUACUCAUUAUGUAAUGAACGAAAACACAGGUGGGGGUAACUAACUGUAUUUUAAUGCAAAAUUACAGAGUUGUUUGAUAAAAUGUGAAAACCAUACUUUCACUACUUCAUUUGCAAACCCUUCAUCAGUUGUCUCAAACGUCAUCGUUCGUUCAUUGCCAUAACAAUUACUCUCUGUUCUCGUUCUUUUCGAUUCGAUCUUCCUAACCAUCUACUGCUAGGCAUUGUACUACUAAUCAAUAUACUACUUAUGUAGACAUAAGUAGCAUACACCACAAUCAUAAUUAUUUAGAGGUUUUAAGACUGUUUUCCAAAGAAGUUAUUUCGUCGAUUUUUAAUUAUACUUAUUGUUUAACAAUAAAUUACAAUCUACUACUGAGCUCAGAACAUAUUUUUUGUCGUAAAGUGAAACUAUCUGAGAAAACUUACCAUAAAUUUAUAUCAAAGAUCCUACACAGGAUUAAACCUAAAAUUUGUUAAUCACGUAGUGAAUACAGUACCAUUCAAUGUGAGUCAGAAACGAAUGGUUUAAACUUUCUAACUUCAGUCAGUUAGUUAUUUGGGGCUAUAAUCAUUCAUUACUGUCAUAGAUAACUGCUUUCUUUCCUGCCUUAUUAAAAUCCUCAGUGGAACUUAUAUAAGUGGAUAUUCGAUUUAAUCACUAUUCAGCACACUAUCUUCUAUUUAGAUAAAAGAUUUGUUUCAGAUAAAAACUCGUAAAGUGACAUAUUUUUUCACUGCUUUCGAGUCCAAAGCUGAACAAACAGGUUGGUUCCUGAUUUUAUUAACCGAUUUCAGCGGUCACAAACUGUUCUCAAAUAAACUUUUCAUAUAUUGUCAAUUCGUUAAAUAUUGAACAUAAAGCCUUCACGAUUAACGAUUUAAAUUCAGAUGCAAUUAUGAGUAGUCAAAGUAUGAGACCUCUUAUUAGAUUAGUUUAUAUUAACAGACAACCUGAGUGAAAUUUGUUGUCAUUGAUAUAUUUAUUUCAUCAUUGUCUAAUUGUUUCACAUCCAGCACAUAAAUUGUGACUGAUUCUCUUUUCUUUUUUAUUCAUGGAUGGUGUUUUUUGUUAGUUUGAUAAUAAGCCUAUUUGUGAUUUAAGUCUACUACAUAGUUUAUGGGAUGUCUCUCAAUUUUUUCAUAUCCACAAUAAUCGAAAUGUUGAUUGGAUACUGAAUGGAUAAUCAGUGUUAUCUAUGUAGAGCGAACUUUCUUAACGCAAAUUUGAAGGACAUUUCUUUAGAUAUUUCUUUAGAUAGACCUUAGACAACCAUUUAGACUUUAUGAAUUGCUUUUAUAUUCAGAUUGAUACUAAUCAGUGAUGAAGUUUUCAUAUUCACAAUUCCGAAGAAUUAUAUUGUCCACAUCAUAAACUAUUGAAAACAAAUAGCCUCAUAGUAUCUAUUUAUUUCUUCUCUACUUUUUCUGAACAUACACAUUUUCAAACUAAUACUUUAGUACCAAAAAACAUAAAUUUCUAAAGUUACCAAUUUAAUAAACAUACGUUUUCUUUGUUAUUUUUUUUCUUUUGAUUUUACUAAAGAUGCCCAGUUAUAACUUUAAACAGUUCACUAGUUGAUUGUAUCUGGAAAGCGCCAUGUGUUCGAUCUUUAUCAUAGUGAAUAAUUGGUACCGUAGUUUAUCAGAUAAUUUCUGGAUACCUUAAUUUAAACUUAUGUGUUGUUGUACAUGUUAAGUUGUACAAUGUUAGCAAGUCUUAGAAUAUGACAAUAAUAACUGUUUGAUAAUCUUUAGUUCUCAGUGUUAUCAAUUAGUGAUAACGAUUUGUAGAGAAACAAAAAAACUAAUGAAUACAUAAAAGUAAUAAAUAUUCCAACUUUUAUGUUCAAUUAAUUGUCAUAUAUAUAGUUAUAACUUGUAGCCUUGUACCCAAUGACGCAUAAACCCGUACGAGCAGUUUAGAAUCCUUAUCGGUCUUUCUUCCUGCUUAGCCCUGUCUUUUGAGACCAGAACACCGAUCUCAACCUCCGCGAUAGGAAUCAUAUAUUUCAAAUAUACUGGGUUUAUGUACAAACCAAACAGAUCACAUCGUACCAUAAAAUAGAAAAUAACAUUUUGUACAAUAUUCAACAAGUGAACAGAUAUCGACCAAUAGGAAAUGUCCAUUUGAAGUCCAAGGACACCAUUGGACUUAACAUGAUAAAUAUUGG